ACAAACAGUCGACUGUCACGCGGCGUGUCGGUAUAUGUUACUUUCUCUCUCUUCCCACUCUGUCACACCCUUGGCAGGGAGUCUGUCAGAAUCCUUUGUCAUCGAGGUACAUUACUCACCUACCUUCAUACCCUGGGUUUUAGACCAAAUACAAUAUAUACCCCUAUGGUAUCAUCUAUAGGCAGAUUUUUAUUUGGAUUCUUCUUGGCUGCAGAUAUUCAAAUGCUGUUCCAAAUUGCAGAUGUCAAGGUUCUGCCAUUUUAUUUGAUUGUGAGAAACACAUUUGACAAACUGCUUUAACAGCCCUCCAAGACUGCAGUGGGAGGUUUUUUGUACAAUAUAAAGUAAGGAAGCUUAUAUAUUUCUAUUUGAGGAUCUACAAGAUAGAAUUGAAUCAGAACAGUUUGUGAAGUAUGUUGAUUAAAGAUACCAUCCUAUAAGUGUAAUACGAAACUUGAUCAUCUUGAAUCCGCCUUCAGCAUCGGAAGAGUAGCUACAUAAGACACCUUGGAAAAAUCUUGAAACGAGCAGACAAUUGAAUAAUCUCAUGAAAUGGUAUCAGCAGGAUAGCUCACACUUUGCUUAGGGGACUUGAUAUUGAAUAUCUCAUUACAUAUUCUGUACUUCUUGAAAGAAUCAUCUGACAUCUAAUCCCAUCCCAAGUCAUGGACAUUGAGGCUAUGGUGGGUGCGAGUGGGAGACAGCAAGCUAUCACAUGAACUUCCAACAUGAGAUAUUUUAUUGAGGAACUGAGAAAAGAGAAAGUUUACUUCGUGUCUGGAUCGCUCACAGUAAUGUGAAAAUUACUUAGCUGUCUCACGCUUUUGUCAUUCACGGCUAAUUUGAAGGCCUGAUGAUCUCCCGCUUCCCAAAUCUCAAAUCAUCCUGACAAUAGACUGGAAGAGAAUGGUUGCCUAGGAGAAGGGUAUAUCCCAACACACCAACAUAGAGAGCAUCAUGUACCCCUGCCACCAAUCAGAUGGGAUAGUCACACUCUUACCUUAGACUUUUCUAGAACUCCCAGAUUCACAAACGGGGCUCUUUGUCGUCGAAGCGAGGACACUUAUAUAUCAUUAUCAUCUUGCGAGAGGAGAAGGAGGAGAAGCAACCGAAGACGUCGUUCACCAGGAGACGGAAGAUCUGGAGAUAGUGAUCAGUCAGGAAGGAGGAGGAAUAGAAUCCGGGGUAACUCCCACACUCUACCACUACCAGGUCGGACAGCUAUGGGCAUGCAGGCCCCUUUAAGAACUAGUGCUUGCUUAGAUGAUAGACGAGGAAUGAUCGAAGAGCGCGUUGUUACAGGGGCUAGUUGUGAAGCUAUUCUACCAGAUACAGUUGAAAAUAUGUGGGCUCGCAUUGAAAAUACUAGGAGUACCAAUGUACAAUCAGUUGGUAACCAUACUAAUGGGAUUGUGAACAGAAAUGAAGAGACAAUUAUGGAUAGGCACUAUCCUGAAGAAAAUACUGUGUUAGUCAACAAUAAUGAGCAGACAGAGGAUAGCCAUAAAACAAGCAGUAGCUCAACCAGUCCACUGCAGAACCACUCUCCUCCUAGUGAGAGAAGUCCUUCAGGUAGCAGUGAGAGGCUUACAGGAGGUACUGCCAGCAGUAGCAGUCGUAAUACACGCACAUCAUCCAGCAACCAAAGACGUCAACGCCGACGUAGGUCCUCUGACCGUCGUAUGAGGACCUCUUCAAGCAAUUACAGCACGUCUUCCACUGACCACAGCUCUAAGAGCAAUGGAGGAAUCAGACAAACUGCUAGAGCAAGACAGCAACAACUGUUUAGUACAAGCUCAUCAAGCGAUAGUGAGGAUAACACUCCUCAACGACCCCGCAGACUGAUUGCACGCAUGGGAAAUGGAGGCAUAACACAUGAGGUAGAUAAACAGGGUCAAAGUGGACAGUCAAAUGGACCAAGUCGUUCAAGGAGACACACCCGUGGGACAAGAAACAGGCAGAGACCUUUAAGUGCUCAACCUACGGUAGGAAGACAGUCUAUUCCUCAGUCGCAGAUUAUCACUAAUGCUAAACCAAAUCCUAGACCCGGUACAGGUCAUGAAAGACAUAAUACAACUCAUGGAUUGAGUCCAUCUAGUAUUCAGUUCAAUCAACAUGGUAGGGUCAAGCAAAAGAGACCAGAUUCAUUGGACUUAAAGCUCAUAUGGAGCUCACAUAGGGGUUACAUUGGUCAUCAAAGUUCAUUAUCCACUAGUUCUUCCGCGGAUUCUUAUGAUCCCUGGAUUCCCCGGGAUGGUGUGACCAUUGCACCAAACAAUGAAAAGUUAACUGUCAAUAUGGCUUCUAGUGAAUCUAAGGUUCCACAUAAAGCACCAUCAUGCAGUAAAAAGAAACAACUGCAUCGCAUGUCAGAGGGCAAGAACUACCCGAGGAACAAUCUACCAGCAUCCCUCCAAAAACCUGAUAACAAUGCUCAUAUCAGGGUUAAUCCUACUUGCAAUGACAAUGGACCAAUGGCUGAAAUGGGGCUUCCAUGUAGCAAUAUUGAGAGGGAACAUGCAACACCUGAAAAAGACAUUGACACCACUGAGUGUUGUGAUGUGACAGAAAAUACAAUGAAGGACCGUCCAAAAUCUAUGGUGGAGUUUAACAAGGAUACCAGUAUUCUGGUCUCUGAAAUUUUAAGCCAUGCUGAUGGUGAUAUCUCACCUGCUGUCAAGACUGUUCUUCAAGAUAUCCACAGUGUAAUUGAGAAUGAUGAUAGGUAUCUAAGUGAACUAUGGCAGAGUGCUUGCAUUCUUGAUAAGUUUGCCAAUAAAUGUACGCACCAGAGAAAUUCCUUGCAGAAUGGUAUCGUGCGCUUCAAGGAUAACAGAGAACAAGACCGCAUGGAGGCCACAGUCUCCAAGUCUGAACAGAUGAAGUUCCGUCAUAGUUGUCCUGAUGCUGAUGAUAUGCAAAGGCAAGCAGAGAAGAUGCUGAAUGUAUCCAGAGCAGAACUUGUUAAAAGCCUGGAAGAUGCUCGAGAAACUAUUUUGUAAUGGACAGGUGCAUACAGAUAUCGCUUUCAAAUGUGAUCAAUCUAUCCAAUGAGUAAAGACUCUUCCACUUCAUCAAAGAUUAUCCAUGCUUCCUUACCUUUGCAAUCAUUUCCUAAGGAAGAGACUUGAUUUAUAUACUUUGAAUUGUUGUAGUAUUAAAGAAUGUAAUCAUGUGGUGGAAAGAUUAUUUCCUACAUGAGAGUGACUUGGUAAAGUAGUAGAUUGUAGAUACCAAAGAGAACAGAAUGUUAUCAAUUGAUUUCUCUUGUAACUAGUCUGUUUAUUGUAGGUUUUAUUCCAAAUAUCAUUUGACUUGACAUUAUUUAUGAAACAUACUCAAUAUCAAAGAAACAUGCUAGGACAAAAAAACUCUUUUUUUAUGGUAUCAUUGAUUUCCUGUCAUUUUCUCUGUAAGAUAUUUAUGAUUGAAAAAGAUAUCAAAUUUUGUGCUUCAGUUGAUGCAGGUGUUUAAGUAUUCUGUUCCUAUUGUCACCCAUUGAACUCAUUCUAGAGGCUAAUAUUCAACUCAAUAGCUAUGCAAUUUGGUUAGAUUGAUGGUGGUUUUUACAUUUGCAAGGUAAUUGAAUCUUGUGAUGCAUGAAUGUUAUUGAAAAUAGGAAAACCAAACACUUAGCUUAUUAUGAUCCUCAUGAAAAUGUUGAGGUUUUACAUGACCAGAUUCCUGUUGCAUAAGAGAUGCAAUCAAUAAAUAUAACUGCAAGUAUGUAACAAGAUACAUACAAUGUUACAAUCAAUCAUAAACAUUGAUUGUAUCCCUUGACAUGUAUGUUACACUCCCCACAAAAGGUCAUUGUAUCAUACUGUCUUUAAAAAAUUCUUAAUAUAUAUCUAGUUUUCUCUUUCUAUCUCUCUCUCUGUCUCUGUUUUCUCAUUUGUCUCUGUCUGUCUGUCUGUCUGUCUGUCUCCCCCCCCCCCUACUUUCAUUUCCUUUCCUCUUCUCUUCUUUGGCUUUUCCUCUCAUGUCCAGAUAUCAUGUUUUCUUACCCCUUUUUCCUCCAAUUCCCUUGUAUCUGUUCCCAUUUCAGAACUGUAUAGUAUUCAUCUCUAUCCCCUCUCUUCUUGAUUAUUCCUCUCAAGCUAGUUUUGUUUUGUUCUCUAUACGUAUUAUAAUGGUUUUUCUAAAUCUGAUAGAUGGCAUAUAGAUAUUGGGAUUUCAAUUCCCUUUUUAUUUUUAUGACAAUGCUUGCAAGUUGUUAGCUCUUUAAAGCAACCUUUCUCAAAGGUAAAUUGCAUUUUUAUUUCUUUCUUUUGCUGCAGUGACUAGACUGAAUAGGAAGGAAAGCUCUGUGCAAUGUUCUUGAUUUUUGUAUUUUUGUAUUGUUUCCUACAAAUCCUUUUGUAUUUGUACAAAUUUGUGUGUUUAUUUAUUUUUGUGGCAUUGUAUAACAAUGCAUUGGUGCUAGGAAGUUGAAAUGUGAGUGUGAGAAUAAUAAAUGCUUCUUUUUAUUUAUCUCCUAAUUUCCUUCAUCUUAAAUGAUAGAGACGAAAGUCAAACUUUUGGUUACUGUACAUCACCAAUGGAAAGAAAUACAUGAUAAAUGAUAUCGUAGUCGCAAGAUAAAAGUUAAGCUGUUUAACUUUAGGUACAGUGUAUGUUUUAUUGUAAUUCACUGAUUAUACAUAAUUAGUGCUACAUUUUCUUCAUGCAUUCCAUUCAGAUAUAUUAUGUGGUUAUUACUUGAUUACAACUGAAUUUCUUUGAUUUGCUGGAUUCAUUUCAAUCAUUGAUAGGAAACUGAAAGGUGUAAAUGAUAUUGUUCAUUAAAAAAAAGAGUAGUGUAAGUGCUUCCUCAUGAAAACAAUAGUUUAGUUGUGUUGGUUUUUUUUUAAGUUUUUAUACUUAUUGGCUAGGUUGUCUAAAUCUCAGAUAUCAGUUUUUAUAUUAUUUUGGUCAGUUGCAUACAUUAUGAGAAAGAGAAAAUUUCUCCUAUUUCAGUCUAUGCAGCUCAUACAAAAGCGUAAAAAGUAUUUGUGUCUGCUUUCAUUUGUUGUACUUAUUGUUACAUAUCAGGCAGAUUCAUAUUAACAUAGAUUAGAUUAUUGGAAUACUUUUUCAUGUGAAAGAAUUAAUAUGAUUAAAGCUGUGAGAAAUAUGAUGUACACAUGCUGCCAGAAAAUACUGCUUUAAUACAAAGCUUCUUUUGUUUUAAUGCUUUGCUGAUCAUGAAAUUGACUGUUCUUAAUGUUCUUUUGUAAAGUAAAAUUGAUACUUGAGGGGAAAAUAAAACCACACUAUUUGUUAUGGUUUUGUGAGUAUUUUCAGGAAAUGAGAAAUAAAGGACACCAUGUUCAUUUCAAAUGGGUCAUGAAGUGGCUUUGAUUCAUACUCAGAAAGCAAGGGGCCAUAGAAAUAGAAGAAAGUUUGGGGAUUUCCCACAACAUAGAAACCACAUUUUUGUCUCAUUAAAUAAUAGUUGUUCCUAAUGACUGACUUUAUAGAAGCUUGAAUCGAUUCCAAAAUGUGAAGCUUUUUAUUACGAAUUCUUUGUUCAUGGUCCAUUUUUCUUUUCUCUGAGCUAUCUUUAGUAUAUGCUUUUGCUUCUUUUGUAUCCCCCAUCACCAUGUGUGGAUCAGGGAGCCAACUAUUCUCUAUGUCAUGUUUUUUUGUUGUUGAUCUGUUUGAUUUCAACAUAGUUUUGCACUAAGACAGUGUAACACAACAUCAUUUACACAACAUUUCAUUCAUCAGGGCAUAAGAAAACAAUUGAUCACUAUUUCCAUCAGUGCUUGACAAAAAGUUUGUUGGUAAGAAAGAAACUUAAUAUCUUAGGUCUGAACUAAGAUGUAAUAUCUGUUCAUAUCUAAGCAAUGCAAGCAGUCUGGUUUGGCUGUUAAGCCAAUUAAGCAAUUCAAACAUCAUUGACACUGAUACUGAUUUUAAUGUUUUAUUUAUGAGUGCCUUUUACUUCAUGUUGAUCUUUUUUCUGUAUUAAAAUUCUUCUAGAUCAAUGUGAAUAAUGCCAUUGAUGUGUUAAGGUUUUUUUUUCUUUCUGUUCUUAUAAUCAGUAAAGAAAAACAAUUUGGACACUGGUUAACUUAUUCAACCAGCCACCUUUAUUUCCUUUCCUCUCCCUCUCCAGCCAGUGUUUUCUAUAAUAUUUACAUCAUGUUUAUGUGAUGAGUUCUUGUGCAUGUUUUGCAAAUAAAGAAUAUAAUAUGAUAAUGUAUUAAUUAUA